GUUAUGCACUGGACAGAAAAUUGAGAAGCACUGGAAAGCUGCAGUGAGGAGCUGUAGUAAUGACAAAGUUCAGACGCGUCUUACUUCUCGUUGGCGUGGCCCUGCUAGUUUACAUCUUAGUUCUGCUCUACAUUAUUCGUCUGCGUCCAGACGCAUUUAACAACAUGGAUGCCACUAAGCUUGGAGCAAGGGUACAUGCAGAGCGAGGCAAGGUGACGAUCGUCAUGCGAAACUUUGAUCCGCACGAGAACAGCAUAGUCAAAACGUUCCAGAAAAUUCUCGGGAGCAUUUUGGACGCGAGAGGGCUCAUCCUCUCCGACCAUGGCACACAUCCUCCCAUCACCCUCCCGAAAAGUCUGCAGCAUCUUGUCACCAUCGCUGUGCUGGAUGCCGGGCAACCGCAUCACGAGAGUGAUGCGGCACGGUUCAUCGAGACGGAGUAUGUCGUCGUCGUUGGCGACGGGACGAGGCUGGUGUCGCCCGACAUGGUCGAGAAGUCGAUAAGACAUCUCGUCGCUGGACCUCACGACAUCGUCGUCGUGCCAACAGAAGAAGGAACCGACGAGGACGAGGAGUCAUGUGAAGUGUUGCGGCUAUCCCCGCGUGAAUGGAGCAUGACCCUCUCCCUACCGCGCCUCAGCGCAGCCGAGUGCAAUUACUUCCUGGGAGUGCCCGUCGUCGUGACAACCAAGGCGGCCAUCUUGAGGCUGACGUGGCCGUUUGCGCGGCCGUUUCCGCAUAGCUUGUUCGUGGAAGCGGCGAUGCUCAACAUGAGCAUUCACCUCUGCGACGAUGUCCUACUAUUAAGGAAGAACCCGCUCGUCUCUGGGACGCAGCAGCAGAGGAAAGAGUUGGCAGCGUUUCACCGACUCGCCGGCAUUAAGAAGGUGACACACGCCAACCACUCGGUGGAUUGGUAUGGCUGCGACAGGAAUACCGCGAGCUGUUUCGCCGCGACGGUAGGCGACGCGGCACCCGGGUUUCUGCAGCAGGGACGCUGGGCGCCGCCCUGCUGUCUGCGCGCCAUCACCAUCACCGCGAAGCACGUUCUCGCGAUGCUCGCCCAGCAUAGAGUGCGCCACUGGCUUGACAAUGGCGCGCUGCUCGGCGCGGCUCGCGCCGGCACGCUCAUCCCGUGGGAUUACGACGCGGACUUGGGAAUAAAUGCCGACGAUGUCGCCAAGCUACCCCUGCUGGUGUCGUGCAGGGAGGGAGCGGUGGUGGACGCAGACGGUUACGUGUGGGAGAGCGGGGACACGGCGGGCAACACGAUCCGCGUGCGCUACAGCGAGACGAAUCGGCUCCACGUCGAGAUCUAUCUGUACGACGUCGUCGAGGGCGGCAUGGCGCGGAGGCGGGCAGCGGCGGUGCGCGCGGCCGAUCGUGAGUUUCCCGCGCGAUUCCUCGAGCCGAUCGGUCAGGUAGUGUUCGGCGGUGUGGACGUGUGCGCGCCCAAUCGCGUGCGCGAGUUUCUCGAACGGAAGUACGGUGCCGGGGUGAUCGAGCGUCCGGUCUACCCUAACGCGAGCAUGGUGAAGUGAUGUAUACACGAGAGAGGAAUGCGAAGUCACGCGAAAUAAAUUAUUACUCGUGAAAGCA